UGAACUAAUGGCAAGGGGGAAUUCCAUAUGGUGCCUCGUCACGAUGGCACCGGCCAGAGGGGCAUUCGACAUCAACACAGGAGUUACUGCGAAAUUCAGAACAUGCCAGGUCUGCAAGAAGGCGAACGGCAAGCGAAGCAGCCAUGCAAAACCAGACCUCCGCUUCUGGAUCUCCUAGUGGGACAAAAGCUAAAGUCGCUUCCCCAAAGAUCAAAUCAAAGACCCUCCAGAAAGCAAAAGGAAUUAUUAGGUGGCACGGAGCCGUGUCUACUAACUUAGUGAAUCAGAAAGUUCUCAUCCCAAAAAAUGAAUCAACGAGCGAGAGCGAUUCUGGUUCCUUUGAUGCCCCCGAGAAUAAAAAAAAGAGUUUGGGUCAGAAGAUGAAGGCAGCGUUGGGGAAAGUGGUGUCCUCCAAACCCACAAAAAUGUCGCUUGUGGCCCCCGAGGGUACCUUGAGGACCGAUUCACCCCGUCUGGCGCACAAGCAGAAACGUCUGCCCGGAGUAACGCAGCACCUUCCGCUUCCACGGGAAAUAUCCAAACGGACGUCACAAACCGCAACUCUCCAACUGGAUGUUAAUGUUUUUGAGGCAGAAACGGCCAGGAUCACCCCGGACAACGUGGUGCUUCGAUCGAGACGGACAUCGAGACGCGUGUCCGUCACGUCGGUCCCAAGCGGGCUCCAGAAGGUUUCAUAUUCACCCAAAAAGAAGCACUUUGCUUUUACCAAAAAGAAGAAGAAGAAACCGGUGGAAAUUGUGAGAUACCAGACAGACCACACCAUGGGAAAGCUUCAGAUGCAGGUGGACGAACUUAUCGAAACCAUUGCCGACAAGUCCACGAGGCUCCUGGCACAGAGACACGAGGAGCUUAGACAGUGCGAGUCGUUGGGGGAUGAAAUUCUCCAGUCUUCCAAACAGUUCCAAAGAGUCUCCAAGAAGAGGACGAGAAAAUACAAGUUUAAAAAUGUCUGCUUUCCUUGUAUUUGUUGUUGCUAAUUGGGUCAGGUAUAGAAAUCUCCCAAAUUUACCUUUCCUCGCUGGAAUAUACAAAGAUUCCCAGGCAAGUCGAGUGAAACAUGACAUCAUCACAUGAUAUAAGUCUAUGUCCUUUGUUCCAAUGUGAUUUUUUUUAUAUG